AUGUCUACCUUACUUGCUGCUGUAUUGUUUAUUCACUUGAGUGCUGUCUAUGCUGGUGAAGGAACGGUCAACGCUUUUGGAUGUGUAUACUGUAAAGGAAGACCGCUGACGAACAUUACUGUUAGGAUGUAUGAUGUUGACUUUUUCUUUGAUGCAUUUAUGGGAUAUGCCGUGACCGACGAAGAAGGAUGUUUCUUUAUCAAUGGAACUGCCUCAGAUCUUCGCGAUGAAAUCGAUCCUGUCAUCAACUUUUACCACACCUGUGAAAUGGAUAUUGAUUAUGGGCGUUGUCUUCUGAAGUCGAGGAUGUUCCUAGGUGAAGAUGAGAUCAACACAUCCAAACCAUUGAAUUUCACGAAAAUCGACGUAGCUCAACUUCCCACUGCAAAAGAUUGCUUUCACUGACGUUACUAUAUCGUGAUAUGCAUUUUUGUGGUUAUGAUUGGU